AAACGGGUGGAAUUACAAGUCAACUAAGACAGAAGGAUCGGGUUUAUUUAUUAUAUUUAAUGAGAAAAACGGAUAACAAAAAUGGAAAACGUGCUGUCCAGACUUCCUCUAGAUGAAGCUACACUACUGGGAGUCCAGUCUCAGCAUGGUGCGGCGGCUGAUAAGUUCACCAGUGCGUUCCUGAAGAAUAGCAUUCCCAAACUGAGUGGCAAAGAAGCUGAAGAUGCUCUGCAGCGUAAAGCUGUAAUUCUGCACUACGAACGUGAGAAGAAGAAAAAAGGGAAGAAAACAAUUGCUAAGGGAUUAAACUCCAAAGAGAGGAGAGAACUUCGUGUGUUCCACCUCAAACCUGAACAUCACAAAUAUGAGCUGUUCCUUCCUCUGCAUGAACUCUGGAAGCAGUACAUAACUGAUCUAUGUAAUGCACUCAAACCAGAGAGUAACCCUCAGAUGAUCCAGCAGAAACUUCUAAAAGCUGAUUUUCAUGGUGCUAUUCUAACAGUUGUUCGAUCUAAGUGCCCAUCCUAUGUGGGUACCACUGGCAUCCUGGUGCAGGAACUGAAACAUGUAUUUAAACUCGUCACUAAAGACGACCGGCUAAAAACAAUCCCAAAGAAGAACAGUGUGUUCAGUGUGGAAAUGGACAACUUUGUUACUCAUAUUUAUGGCAGCAGGUUUGAACUUCGUUCCAGUGAGCGCUCAGCCAAAAAAUUCAAAACCAGAGGAACCAUUGACCUGUAAAGAUUGUAUUUUUUUUCCUGUGGACCCCUGGCUCGGGUUCGUCUGUGUAUUUUGUUUUUCUGUUUUUAUUUGAAAACAAAAAUAUGAAUAAAGAUUUGAUUUAA